UUCGCAGAAGAAAUUAAAAACUACUGUUACGAUUAAUUAACAAAAGCUACCAAAAGGACUGUAAAUAAUAACAAUGGAUAUCGUUAUUACCACGUUUACAAACCCUUUUUCAUUUUUUUGUUAUGUUAAAGGUGCAAUUAGUGAAAAUAUUAAUCUCGAUGAUUACACCACGUUCGACAAACUUUCUUAUGAUGUUUCUAACGUUAACCACGGACAGUAUGUUGCAGUAAUGUGGAAAAAUAAAUGGACUCGGGGUAUAAUUUCUAUGGAAAAUCGGUUUUUGAUUUGGCUAAUCGAUCACGGUACAUUUUUGCGUCCUGAUAAGGAUACUAUUUACGUCGACCUGCCUCAGCGUUACAAAACGUACCCGAGUAUUAUUUUCGAAGCUAGUGUACAUGGAGUUGUUCCAGUUGACAAGGUAAUCAGUCAAGAGUGUCAGAUAACAAAUGGUGUUACCACUGAAUGGAACAAGGGGGCCAUUGAAAAAGCCCAGGAAUUGAUAAACAAUGCUAGAAACACUUAUUUUGUACCUCUUGCAUUGAUGACAACGAAAUACAAUGAUGUGAUAUUGGGAGACUUAUAUCUAGAAAUGCCAGGCAAUCGCCUGAAGAACUUCAUUCACGAAUUAGAAUUAUGGCCUGUGUUUUUAGAGUGUAAUAAAAGUGCAUACAUAAAUAAUUUAGGAAAUUUCUAUACAAGUCGACGUAAACAUCGUGCAUGUUUUUUAAAACCAAACGUUAUAGAUUCAAAUAUUCCUGUGAUUAAUUUGGAAACUAAUUUAUAUCAGUACAGCGCCAUCUGUACUCAAAAACCGGAGUUCGCAUUAAAUCCAAAUUCCGACGAAAGCUCAAUAGAUGGCAGCACUGUACUUGAUGGCAGCACUGUGCUUGAUGUUGAAAAAGAGAAAAAUGUUUACAAAUUAACGCACGAUGAAAUCGAAAAAUAUGCCGAUAUGAAUAUAACUCUGCACGGUCGAGAAUAUAAUGCUUUAAAAAUAUUAUUAAAUAAGAUUCGAGAUCUGAAUAUUUGCGAGCGUUACAAAGACCACGAUUUAAAAGGAAUCGGAUGUGGAAUAACAACACGAAGAUAUUUGCAUUAGUGUUUUAAUUUUUUUAUAUUAAGUAUAAAUUGUUAUGCUCGAAAUUGAUUGACUAUCUCGAAAUUAACGCCUGCCAUCUGGAAUGGCGGUCAUCGGAAUCAGUGACGGUGAUUUCUUUCUGCUGUUUUUUUUUUAUUUUUGUAAUUAAAAAAAUGGUAUCACUUAUGUUUUCAAGUAUAUCUUAUUGAUAUUAAUACUUCUUUUUGCAAACAUUGUCAAAAUUCAUAACAUUCUCCAUGUUGAUGUUAAG